AUGAUUACACUAACUGAGCUAAAAUGCUUAGCAGAUGCCCAGUCAUCUUAUCACAUCUUAAAACCAUGGUGGGACGUCUUCUGGUAUUACAUCACACUGAUCAUGCUGCUGGUGGCUGUGCUGGCCGGAGCUCUCCAGCUGACGCAGAGCAGGGUUCUGUGCUGUCUUCCAUGCAAAGUGGAAUUUGACAAUCACUGUGCCGUGCCUUGGGACAUCCUGAAAGCCAGCAUGAACACAUCCUCUAAUCCUGGGACACCGCUUCCGCUCCCCCUCCGAAUUCAGAAUGACCUCCACCGACAGCAGUACUCCUAUAUUGAUGCCGUCUGUUAUGAGAAACAGCUCCAUUGGUUUGCAAAGUUUUUCCCCUAUCUGGUGCUCUUGCACACGCUCAUCUUUGCAGCCUGCAGCAACUUUUGGCUUCACUACCCCAGUACCAGUUCCAGGCUCGAGCAUUUUGUGGCCAUCCUUCACAAGUGCUUCGAUUCUCCAUGGACCACCCGCGCCCUGUCAGAAACAGUGGCUGAGCAGUCAGUGAGGCCUCUGAAACUCUCCAAGUCCAAGAUUUUGCUUUCGUCCUCAGGGUGUUCAGCUGACAUAGAUUCUGGCAAACAGUCAUUGCCCUACCCGCAGCCAGGUUUGGAGUCAGCUGGCAUAGAAAGCCCAACUUCCAGUGUCCUGGACAAGAAGGAGGGUGAACAGGCCAAAGCCAUCUUUGAAAAAGUGAAAAGAUUCCGCAUGCACGUGGAGCAGAAGGACAUCAUUUAUAGAGUAUAUCUGAAACAGAUAAUAGUCAAAGUCAUUUUGUUUGUGCUCAUCAUAACUUAUGUUCCAUAUUUUUUAACCUACAUCACUCUUGAAAUCGACUGUUCAGUUGAUGUGCAGGCUUUUACAGGAUAUAAGCGCUACCAGUGUGUCUAUUCCUUGGCAGAAAUCUUUAAGGUCCUGGCUUCAUUUUAUGUCAUUUUGGUUAUACUUUAUGGUCUGACCUCUUCCUACAGCCUGUGGUGGAUGCUGAGGAGUUCCCUGAAGCAAUAUUCCUUUGAGGCGUUAAGAGAAAAAAGCAACUACAGUGACAUCCCUGAUGUCAAGAAUGACUUUGCCUUCAUCCUUCAUCUGGCUGAUCAGUAUGAUCCUCUUUAUUCCAAACGCUUCUCCAUAUUCCUAUCAGAGGUCAGUGAGAACAAACUGAAACAGAUCAACCUCAAUAAUGAAUGGACAGUUGAGAAACUGAAAAGUAAGCUUGUGAAAAAUGCCCAGGACAAGAUAGAACUGCAUCUUUUUAUGCUCAGCGGUCUUCCAGACAAUGUCUUUGAGUUAACUGAAAUGGAAGUGCUAAGCCUGGAGCUUAUCCCAGAGGUGAAGCUGCCCUCUGCAGUCUCACAGCUGGUCAACCUCAAGGAGCUUCGUGUGUACCAUUCAUCUCUGGUCGUAGACCAUCCUGCACUGGCCUUUCUAGAGGAGAAUUUAAAAAUCCUCCGCCUGAAAUUUACUGAAAUGGGAAAAAUCCCACGCUGGGUAUUUCACCUCAAGAAUCUCAAGGAACUUUAUCUUUCGGGCUGUGUUCUCCCUGAACAGUUGAGUACUAUGCAGUUGGAGGGCUUUCAGGACUUAAAAAAUCUAAGGACCCUGUACUUGAAGAGCAGCCUCUCUCGGAUCCCACAAGUUGUUACAGACCUCCUGCCUUCAUUGCAGAAACUGUCCCUUGAUAAUGAGGGAAGCAAACUGGUUGUGUUGAACAACUUGAAAAAGAUGGUCAAUCUGAAAAGCCUAGAACUGAUCAGCUGUGACCUGGAACGCAUUCCACAUUCCAUUUUCAGCCUGAAUAAUUUGCAUGAGUUAGACCUAAGGGAAAAUAACCUUAAAACUGUGGAAGAGAUCAUUAGCUUUCAGCAUCUUCAGAAUCUUUCCUGCUUAAAGUUGUGGCACAAUAACAUUGCUUAUAUUCCUGCACAGAUUGGGGCAUUAUCUAACCUAGAGCAGCUCUCUUUGGACCAUAAUAAUAUUGAGAAUCUGCCCUUGCAGCUUUUCCUAUGCACUAAACUACAUUAUUUGGAUCUAAGCUAUAACCACUUGACCUUCAUUCCAGAAGAAAUCCAGUAUCUGAGUAAUUUGCAGUACUUUGCUGUGACCAACAACAAUAUUGAGAUGCUACCAGAUGGGCUGUUUCAGUGCAAAAAGCUGCAGUGUUUACUUUUGGGGAAAAAUAGCUUGAUGAAUUUGUCCCCUCAUGUGGGUGAGCUGUCAAACCUUACUCAUCUGGAGCUCAUUGGUAAUUACCUGGAAACACUUCCUCCUGAACUAGAAGGAUGUCAGUCCCUAAAACGGAACUGUCUGAUUGUUGAGGAGAACUUGCUCAAUACUCUUCCUCUCCCUGUAACAGAACGUUUACAGACGUGCUUAGACAAAUGUUGACUUAAAGAAAAGAGACCCGUGUUUCAAAAUCAUUUUUAAAAGUAUGCUCGGCCGGGCGUGGUGGCUCAUGCCUAUAAUCCCAGCACUUUGGGAGGCCAAGAUGGGCGGAUUGUUUGAGGUCAGGAGUUCGAGACCAGUCUGGCCAACCUGGUGAAACCCCAUCUCUGCUAAAACUACAAAAAAAUUAGCCAGGCGUGGUGGCGUGCGCCUGUAAUCCCAGCUACUUGGGAGGCUGAGGCAGGGGAAUUGCUUGAACCAGGGAGGUGGAGGUUGCAGUGAGCCGAGAUUGUGCCACUGUACACCAGCCUGGGUGACAGAGCAAGACUCUAUCUCAACAACAACAACAAAAAUGCUCCAGGGCUUUAAAUGAGAAGUAAAAUUUUCUAAGUUAAUAAAGAUGAAGAAUGGGUGACUUAUGAUGAACGAUAACUAAAUGUCUUAUUAAAGCAACUGAGUGUCUAGCCCUAAAUUAACCAGGUAAAAACUGUUAACACUAACCUGAAGUUUUGUGAAUAACUGUUCUUUAACUUAUUGAGAUGUUGCAAGAAAUGCACAUCCAGGGUGGACUGGGAGCUAUGAAAUGACUAAAUUCCUCCUUGCAGUGUUUACCUUCAAGAUUGUAUAGGUAUUCUCUCCUCUUCUUCCCCCAGUCCCCAUUACUUAUUUGCACACUUGUUUUAACUGACUUCCUGUUUUGAUGUUUAUCACCAAGACCAUAAACUCAUCAAUAUGAAUUUUCUUGAUGUAUACUCACGACUGUCUUUGAUUUAUAUUCCUAAAUUUUUUUAGAUAGGGUAUGUUGUGCUUGGCAGAAUUCUUUUUUGGCUUAAUUUUUACUUCCUUUCCCAGCUUGCUUGAGUCUUCCUUAACCUGGUUUUCUCUUAACACCAACGAUGAACCCUGAGAAAAUGCCUGCAUUUGGCCUUUGCCUAGAACAGGAGCUGAGUAUUUAAGAUGUAUUAUCCUCGGGGCAUCCUGAAAAUUAAUGUAUUCCCUUUUCUUCUUGUCUAUCAUCAAAGCCUUUUUUUAUUUGUUAAGAAUUUUUAUAUUAAAUGUAAAACAUAUAGAUAUUUUCUAUUGUAUAAUCUUGGAUUCAACAUCUGUGAGGAUCAUUUUUGUAAGAUACAUAGAAUUUAUGCAUUUCUUUAUGAACUUACUGUUAGUGUUCUUGGUUUCGGCUGUUUAUGACUCAUGUUUAUGUACAUUCUGCUCCAAAAUGUUUUUGUACUCUGCAACUAAUUACUUUUGGAUAACAAAAGCCUUGUGUUUAAUGCCCUAAAGUAUUUGGGGGUUUCCUUGUGAGAGGGUGGCCGAAUCAUCUACCUCUCUCUUCCCUAGUCGCUGUGCAAUCGUACGGGUAAAAUUCUUAAUUACUUACAAAAACUGUGAUAGAGGGGAGAGGUACAGAUUUGGUUUUUAAAUUGAUUUUAAAAUACUUUAUAGAAAUUUAGUAAGAGUUAAAGCAAAAGACUUUUUUUCCCUCCAUCUAUGUAAUCUCUAGCUAUGAUUAUAAUGUAAAACAGCCUCUAUUCAGUAUCUAAAAUGAGUUCUCAAAACCCACAAAGAAAUAGAUCCAUUUAACUGAAAUUCAUCUCAUGCCUUUAUCUAACUCUUCUGGAAAAUACAUUUUGCUCCUUUUUAUAAAGAGCUUUGUGCUUGGCCUUUUAUUAUGCAUAUUUUUAAUGAAUAAAAUCAACUGACUCAUUUUUGGGAAAUGUACAUCUUUAAUGUGUUUUUCCCUAAGGGUCUAGGCAUUAUGAUGCCACCUCUUCAUUUUGGAUAUAACUAUGAAGAAAUCUAUUAACUGCACCUACACAAAACUGGAAAACACUAUAGGUAAACAGUACUGUGUAUAUGGAAUUGUGGUGCGUGGUAUGUGUUUUCUCUUGCUUUGUUCCAGAAAGAUGAAAGUGAGUCUUUAAAGCAUAGCAAAUAGAGCUUCCCCUCACCUGCCACACACUCCUGCACUAAAGUUCAGAGAAAAGAAUUAUUCAAAUCAAAUGAAAUUUGAAUAAUAUUAGCUAUCAGGAAUAUAGGACACCAAACACACUGCCUCACACAUUAUUGUUUAUUCUGAACAGAAAGGAACAGUGUAAAAAUAAACUACUUACCAAAACUUGCCUUUAGUCAGAUCAUUCAGCUCUCAGGGAAGCAGGUAUAACUGAUGAAACUUCUAGGACUUCAGAAAACAGAUUCUAAUUAUAUCCAUGUUUUUUGUUGUUAUUUUCAUUUUUUAAGUGUGAGUUGAUGUUUAUUUUAGUGUUUCACAAUAGAAUUAUCAUGUAUACUGAUUCCAGUGUGGCAUGUGAUUAAGUUUUGGACAUGAAUAUGCCAAAAGUGCUUAAAUGUUUUUGGCCACAUAACUAGCUAGAAUUUCAAAACAAAAUUCAGAUUUGCUACCAUUCACCUGACGAACUUCUCCAUGGCUCGUCACUGGUUUGGUUCAACUGCAAAAGUCAUUGGCUAAAUUUUCCUUAUCACCUACAUAAAUUUCUGGAGGAAUUUACUAGCAGGAUUAAUAAUGAAUAUUAUAAACUGCUUUCCACACACUAGGGUAUAAUUAUUGGUGCAAUCUAUGUUGUUCUUGAUGCCAUGGUUUUACAUCUUUUAAUUUAAACCUUAUACACCAGUGUUUAGGUCGCUUUUGAGACAAGGUAGCCCUGAUGCAAGGAACAAUGAGGCUACUACUUCACAUAAAAAAUAGGGUGUUAAUACCACCUUUACUGUACUGUUGGAGCAGAUCUUUAUUUUACAAGUGUUCAUAUUCACAUAAGAGAAUUUUAAAUGAAAAUUAAGUUUGUUAAAUUAUAAUUAUGAGACUUUUGUUGGCAUUUGAUUUCAAGAAUACAUAUGCAUUUUCUAAAAAAUAAAUGUGGAGGUUAUUCAGAACAAAAUUCAUAGCUUAUGGUAGUAAUGGCAUGAAUUAAUUUUAUUUGCAUGCACACACAGACACACAUACUUCAUAUAUGCAAAUUAUAACAUUAGUUUUUGAUAUAUCUAGUGGUUUUUUUUUUCAAAAUUGCAGGAGGUUGUAGAUUAAAUAAGUAAGAUAGCACGUUUUUUAAUUCAUUAAUCAUGAAGUGCUCUGUUCCCUAAGUUAUGACAUUUAGAAGAAAUCACAUGCUCAAACUUAAUCUGAGAACCUAAGUGUUUUUGAGCUUUCCAGUAAAGGAGCAGUGUUCUUUUCCUAACUUACAUCAGGGUACAUCUGUGUGGCACACAGAUACUAUAUUUUCAUUCUUCACUCCCAGUCUUAAUUUCUUUCCCCUGUAUGUCACUGUAUUUUAUGUCACUUCACAUUGUGUUAAACAGGGUAAAUAGAGAUCCUCAGUAUCUCAGUGCUGUGGCAUAGCUCCAAUAGGUGUGCUGUGGUGCACUGCAGUGAUGUAUUUGCAUAACAUCGUUUGAUAGUGAAAAAUUUUUUUUCAGUUCAAGUGUUUUGUGAUUAAAAUUUUAUGUUUAAUUAAAAUAUUGCAUAAUAUUGAUGGGUUCAAAAACCAUUAAAAUAAUCAAACAAUUAUUCUGUGCCCUUAACAUUAUUUUCUUGUGUUUUCAAUAAAAUUUUCUUUUCAUCUUUCCAUCUUCACAUUCUCUUAGCAUCAUCCUAUGCACAUAAGGUAUGUUGUUUUUCUUCUCCACUCACCUACCGCACUAAAUUUGAUCAGCAAUUGUACAGUAACAGAAUAUAUUUGUGCCAGAAGAUUUGCAAUGAUAUUUGAGCAUGUAUUUAUUUAGGAGGAAGCCAGUGCCUGUAAUUAUGUCUCAUUGAGUAGUUUUACUUUGCCCAUCCUGCAGUAUUUAGAGCUGAUCUGUACCCAAAGCAGGACAAUGUAACUGUAGAUCUGCUUUGUUUUCAGUAACUGUACAUUGCAUCAGAAUCUGUUUAUUUCUAUCUGGAAACAGACAGAAUGGUGGGGGAGGGAUGGAGUUAUUUUGCAUCCUAGUUUGUAUUAUGAAGCCAUCAUAUAUAUAUUUGAAAUAGUAUAAGCUAAUUACUGUUGCAGAAUGCCCUCGAUAUAAUUAUUUCUUUUCAGCUGGAUGUGAAAAGCUGAAGCAGUGAAAACCUGCAGUCUUAUUUCAUUGGUUUCCUUCUGUUUCUUGUCCAUCACUUCUGUAUCCACAGGGAGCUAUCUACUACAUACCUUUGGUAACAGGCUACAUUCUCUUCAGAUUUUUUAUAUGAAUAAUUUCAUCAGCACUAAAGCAUUAACAUAGAAUAAUGAGCCAAAGUACUGAGUCGAGAUGGCUUUCAGUUGAGUUUAAUUUCAUAUUUAACUUUUGCAUUUGACUUGUAUAAUACACUACUGCUGAGAAAAACAAUUAAGAAUGCCUUUUGCAUGUUGUACAUUAUCUCUAACAGAGAUGGUGCAAUUUUAAGAAUACAAAGGGGUAUAGAGUUAGAAUGGAUGUGUUCGUGCAUAUAUAUGUUGUAUUUAAAUAUUAAUGUUUACAAGAAGAUUUUUAAAAAAUUCUUCAAAUACUUCACUUAGUGAAAUAAUGGGCCAAUCUAGAAUAGAGACAUUUUAUUUGGUUAGUGCAAGAGUGAAAGCUAGCAUUUGUUAACCUUCACAUAUUUAUCUGUGUACAAUUGUUUUUGCUUCUGGUAAUGAAUUAUUAGAAAAUGGAAGAUUUUGUUCAAUGUUUUUGGCCCUCAGGUUUACUGUGUAAAUCUGCAUUUUUGGUGGUAAAUCCCUUUGCCACAGAUUCAGUAGCUUUUGGUAAACUUCACUGUUUUUAAAGUACCUUUUGUGUAAAAUAAAGAUCCAAUUUUUAUAACAAAUGGCAAAUAAAAACAGUAAAUGCUGGAAGAA